AAGUAAACGGAGGAUGGAAUAUUGAUUAAAGUGAUUGGAUGGAAUAAUUUGAUUCCAUUAGGUGUAAUGAAAUGAAGUUGGAGUAACAGAGGAUCAGAUCGGUGCUAUUGAGUUUGAGCUGUUACAGUGGCAGGUGUUGUGUUUGUUUGAGACUGAAUAGUUUAGUAUUAAAAAAAAUGUUGUCACAACUCACGACACACUCGGAUGACGGCAAAGGAAAGUGGCGUUGAGGUUGAAGUUGCGCCCGAGCGAGCGUCCAUCGGAGACACACACAGUUCAACCCUUCAAUUCAAGCUUCUGCCUUCGAAUCCGGCCUCUGCCACUCAAUCACUGAUUUAGUUCAUAUCACCUAACUCUAACGGACUAUCCAACUAAGAAAAAGAGAGCUUACGAUAGACAAUUUCACUGAUGCUUCGGAUCACACGUACCAAUUUCAUUGCUUACAGAUCCACUCGUUGAUUCGCGAUCUGAGCUGCAGAGUGCCGUAUAAAAACCCUAAUCUCUAAUCUGUCACCGGAAUCGGGAAUUUUGCCCGUACAGAAGGUGGCUCAGCCCUUGCGUCAUGCGUUUGCGCAUGUUCGGUUCUCCUCCUUGCGUGUUUCUGUGAUUGAUGGUAGUAUGAGAGAUAUGCACCGGAAUUCUACUGGUAGUACUAAUAACAGCACUAAUACUAAUAAUAAGAUAUCAUCGGCACUAAGGCUGUCCUCACCUCAGCAAUCUCUGAGACGCUUGGGACUGUGUUCCCAGAUAGCAACGGGGGAGCACUCCUCUCCUGUCGUCUUCCCCGAAAAACGUGCCAAAGUGAAGGCUUCCAGGAAGUCCAGUGUCCCCACUACCCUUCGUCCGGAUGAUCAGGACACCAGCGAGAAUUUCGAGCAUAGGAUUGACAUUGGAGCAGGUGGAGGAGGAGAUGAGAAGUCUGAUUUGUUAGGAUACGUCGUUUUCUCUGGAAAACUUGUUUUGGAUAAGAGAAAAAUUUCUACAAAUAAUAAUGCGGAUGCUCAACAAACUUCUGACGUUACCAACCAAGAUGCUGUAGAUGCCAAACUAACAAGCAAGGCCUUGGCUUGGGGCUCCCAAGUGCUGCACCUUGAUGAUGUUAUCUCGGUUUCUUAUAAUGCUGGUCUCAGACAUUUCACAGUGCACUCGUACCCAUUUAAAAAAGCUUCAUGUGGGCUUUCUUGUUUCAUAAAAUCUCAACGAAGUCGCAAGGACUUUCGCUUUGUAGCUUCUAGCAUAGAAGAAGCACUGCAAUGGGUUGGUGGAUGUGCAGAUCAACAGUGUUUCGUGAAUUGUCUUCCUCACCCUUUAUCGUCUUCAAAGAAGCAGGCAUCCUCAGAGUUAUUUCAAUCAGACACCCCUCCAGAAUUGCUCUUUAGAUGUAAAACUCCACCUAAGAUGCUUGUAAUUUUAAACCCACGAUCGGGUCGGGGUCGUUCAAGUAAAGUUUUCCAUGGCAUUGUGGAACCGAUAUUCAAGCUUGCUGGGUUUAGAUUGGAGGUGGUUAAAACAACAUGUGCGGGUCAUGCUAGAAAUCUUGCAUCAAGUGUGGACAUCAGCACUUGCCCUGAUGGAAUUAUCUGUGUUGGUGGUGAUGGAAUAAUCAAUGAGGUUCUUAAUGGUCUCCUUAGUAGAGACAAUCAAAAGGAAGGAAUAUCUAUACCUAUUGGAAUCAUACCGGCUGGUUCUGAUAAUUCACUGGUAUGGACUGUUCUUGGAGUCAGAGAUCCGAUUUCUGCAGCAAUGGCAAUUGUAAAGGGGGGUCUUACUGCUACUGAUGUCUUUGCUGUUGAAUGGAUUCAGACUAGUACAAUUCACUAUGGAUUAACAGUCUCAUAUUAUGGUUUUGUUAGUGAUGUGUUGGAACUUUCUGAAAAAUAUCAGAAGCGCUUUGGUCCACUGCGGUAUUUUGUUGCUGGAUUCUUCAAGUUCCUGUGCUUACCACGCUACAGCUAUGAAGUUGAAUAUCUUCCAGCUUUGAAAACUGAGAGAGAAGGAAAGAUUUCAGGUGAAAAGGAAGCAGUUGACAUGUCAGAUCUGUGUACUGACAUCAUGAGCAGAUCAAAUAAGGAUGGAAUGCCCAGAGCAUCUAGUCUUUCAAGUAUUGACUCAAUAAUGACUCCAAGUCGUAUAUCUGGUGGGGACCUGGAUACCUGUAGUAGUACCCAUGCUAGCACGGAACCUUCUGAAUUGGUGCGUGGUUUAGAUCCAAAGUCUAAACGCCUAUCAUCUGGAAGGGGCAAUGUAACAGCAGAGCCAGAAGUUAUCCAUCCUCAGCUGCCUCUAUCAACAACUCCAAACUGGCCAAGAACCAGAUCUAAGUCAAGGAAUGAUAAAGGAUGGACUGGAUUGACCACAACACUUGAUACCACUCGAUGGGGCAAUACUGCAACGAAUGAUAGAGAGGAUAUAUCAUCAACACUGUCCGAUCCUGGUCCUAUCUGGGACGCUGAACCAAAAUGGGAUGCUGAUCCUAAUUGGGAUGUGGAAAACCCAAUUGAAUUGCCAGGACCAUCAGAUGACACGGUAAUGGGAUCUACAAAGGAGGUUGUGCCUCGUUUUGGGGACAAAUGGGUUGUGUCAAAGGGACGAUUUCUUGGCAUUCUGGUUUGUAACCAUGCAUGUAGAACAGUUCAGAGCUCUCAGGUGGUUGCUCCCAAAGCUGAGCACGAUGAUAGCACACUAGAUUUGCUCUUGGUUCAUGGGAGUGGUAGAUUGAGGCUGUUGAGAUUUUUCUUACUUCUACAAAUGGGUCGACAUCUUUCACUGCCAUAUGUUGAAUAUGUCAAGGUAAAGUCCGUGAGGAUAAAGCCUGGGAAGCACAAUCACAAUGGAUGCGGUAUUGAUGGUGAGCUUUUUGCACUCAAUGGACAAGUAAUUUCUUCUAUGCUUCCAGAGCAGUGCAGGCUUAUUGGUCGCUUUCGUUUAUGAUAACUGAGUUCUUUUCAAUUCUUUUAUGGGUUCUGAGAAGUUUCAUGUGCCUUCUCGUAUAUAAGUCCAGAUACCCAAUUUGUCUUGCAAAUUCCUUAUCGCUGUAACAGCUGAGCUUUGUAAAUCUUUUGGUCCGGUUAUAUGUAUCUGUUGUUGCUUGCUUA